CAUCUCAUUCAGUUAUGACCGAUCUCGCCCGAGCACGCAGCAAGCGCACCCGCCGCGAGCUGAUUCAGAGCGACAACGCCAGCGACGACCCCAGCAGCUCGCUCGGCCUCGACUCGGACCCCGUCGAUCACAGCUACGACGAGCUGCCCAGCGAUGACUUGGUCAGCGACGACUUUCAGUUCGAAACUCCAUCCAAGGCUGCUGCUGCUGCUGCUGCUGCGUCGACGGCAGGAUCGUCGUCGCGGAAAAAGAAGCCGCGCAUGGAUCCCAAUGCUGCUGCUGCGGCCGCGGCUGCUGCCGUCGCGAUGGUUGCGGCAACUCCGCAAGCCGCUCCAGGACUUGCUGCCUCGACCAACAGCGCUGCUGCGGAGGCCGCCGCCGCUGCUGCUGCAAACAAGGGUCUGCGUCACUUUUCUAUGCGCGUGUGUCAGAAAGUCAAGCAAAAGGGCGUCACAAGCUACAACGAGGUUGCGGAUGAGCUCGUGACCGAACUCUCUUCGGCCGUGGAUUUGACUCCUGCUGAAAAGGGGCAUUACGAUCAAAAGAACAUCCGACGACGUGUUUAUGACGCCUUGAAUGUGCUGAUGGCGAUGAACAUUAUCGCCAAGGACAAAAAAUCCAUCCGGUGGAUGAACUUUCCAACAAAUGCAGCACACGAAUGCGAGCAACUCAACGUCACCAAGUUUGACCUUAUGCAUCGAUUGAAACUCAAAAAGGAGCACAUGCAAGAGUUAAUUCUGCAGCAAGUUGCCUUCCAGACCCUCGUUCAACGAAACAAGGACGCACAAGAACAAAAAUUGCACACAUUCACCACAGAAAUCCUCAAGCUGCCAUUCAUUGUGAUUACAACGAAUAGCAACACCGAGAUUGACUGUCAGAUGGAAGAGGACCGAACUGAGUACUUUUUCAAUUUUAAGCAGGCCUUCGAGGUCCAUGACGAUAUUGAGGUGCUGAAACGCAUGGGCAUGGCGCGAGGGCUCAACAACAAGUCCUCCACUGCGGAAGAUCUCGCUGCUAUCGAGCAGCUGGUUGACGAAAAACUGAUGCCAUAUAUUGAAGAGAUGACCAGCACAUCCUCGUCGUCCUCGUCGUCGAGCGCGCCUCCACCCCCUGCUCCUGCAAUCAGUCAAACGGGAUCGAGCGCCCGCAAACCUGCCCGGAAAGCAAAGGGUCGCCGGCAAACACAAAGCCCUGCCCACGACCCAAGCACUCCAGAUUUGAAUGAGGAUUCAGAUUGAUCAGAUUGUUGUUUUGUUUGAAUUUUCACGCACUUUUCCGUCAAUGUUUCUUCUGCCGAAUAAAUUCUUUCCGA